AUGGCCACCUCUAACCUCAAGGGAAAGUUCGACCUGCAAAUAUCCCGGUUCAACGUCAUCAAGUCGAUGGCCAAGGCAGCCCGGGACGGCGUCUACGAGGAUUAUUGCCUCUCCGCCAUAAUCCAGAAGGAGAAAUUCCUCGACGGGUACCUCGCAAAAUUCGAGGCUCUUCACGAGCGACUUUGCGAAGCGAAGGUGGAGGGCCUCACGGAGCACCUCUACUUUAAGGAUCAGACGUACGUGGCCACCGUCGAAGCCUACGCCUCUGCAAAAUCCAUCAUUACCACCUUACGGGAAAAACGGGAGGAAAGUUUCCCCCGCAAAGCGGAUCGCCUCGCCCGGAGCUCCCUCAUGGUCUCCUCGGGAGGGGUGCGUCGCGCCCUCCCCAAGAUCCAGCUGCCGACGUUCUCGGGAAGUUAUAAGGAGUGGCGGCCUUUCUCGGAUCUCUUCUCGUCGAUGGUGGGUGAUUGCCAGGACAUCGACCCGGUGGAAAAGAUGUUCUACUUCAAGUCCAGCCUCUCCGGAGAAGCGGCUGGCCUCGUUGCCAGUAUCCCCGUUAGCAGUGAGGCCUUCUCCCACGCCUGGGAGACCCUCACGCUGCGAUACGGCUAG